AAAAAGGAAGGAGGAGGAGGCGUGAAAAGAGCGUCGUCCCUCCCCUCCCUCGGUAGCUCCGUUUGGGUAACCUUUCGGUAUUGUCCGCGCGUAGGUCACCUCCCAACCGUCUCGCCUCCAUCGCCAUUCCUUUUCUUCGUUAACAUCGAAAGUUUUUACAUGGCGCCCAUGAAGAUCAAGAGGCCGCCCUCCAGCUCCGCUUCCCAGACACUCCCCUCCGCGUCCUCCCAGGAGGCCAGGCUUCUCGUCCGCGAGACCCUCCGCAUCAGCGCCAACCUCGCCUCCGCCCCCGCCCCCGCCCCCGCUCCUCCGCCGGUUGCGGCGGAGGCGAGCCGGGAAUUGGCGGCCGCCGUCGGGGUCGGGCUCGCGGGGGAGCAAUUCGUGGGGUCCAGCUUGCGGCUGAUCUGCUGCGAGGAGAUCGACGGGCGGAGGUGGCAGUACGUGGCCGAGGACGAGGGGUCCGCCCCCGGGAGGUUCAGGAAGGGGUCGUUCCGCGCCGUCGGCUUGCAGUCCCCUCAAUCCCCUGCUGACGUUGAUUGGAUAAGCUGUAAUCGGGAGUUCAUGUCAUUUGUAAGAUCCUAUGUCGUGCCCGAUGGUUUUCCUGAUAGUGUCACCCCCUCAUACGUGCCUUACAUGACAUGGAGAGCUUUAAAGCACUUCUUCGGUGGAGCAAUGGGAGUUUUCACUACACGGACCCUUUUGAAUUCUGUCGGAAUUUCAAAAAACACGGCUACUUCUGGUGCCGUUGCUAUUAACUGGAUUCUCAAGGACGGUGCUGGACGUGUUGGGAAGAUGCUUUUUGCAAGGCAAGGAAAGAAGUUUGAUUAUGAUCUAAAGCAGUUGCGUAUUUCGGGGGAUCUUCUAAUGGAAUUAGGUGCUGGAUUGGAGUUGGCAACUUCAACUGUGCCUCAUCUUUUUCUUCCUUUAGCAUGUGCUGCCAACGUAGUCAAGAAUGUUGCUGCCGUAACAUCAACAUCUACCCGGACACCAAUUUACAAAGCUUUUGCUAGAGGAGAAAAUAUUGGAGAUGUUACUGCCAAGGGAGAAUGUGUUGGCAAUCUUGCGGACUUGUUGGGAACUGGCUUGAGUAUUAUGAUCUCCAAAAGGAAUCCCUCGUUGGUUAGAACAUUUGCUCUUUUGUCAUGUGGAUAUAUCUUCAGCUCCUAUCAGGAGGUGAAGUCCGUGGUUCUGCAUACAUUGAACCGUGCAAGAUUCAGUGUGGCUGUGGAUUCAUUCCUCAAGACAGGUCAAGUCCCAUCUUUGCGAGAAGGGAACAUGAAAGAAAGUAUAUUUACCUUUCCAUGGUUGAAGGAGAGACCGAUUGUUCUUGGACCGAGAUUCAAGGAUGCCUUUCAGGAUGCAGGUGCAUAUCUGGCCAUAGCACCUUUGUUUGAGCAAGAAAAAUAUAUUGUCACUUACAAUCCAUCCAAGGGUAAAGUGUUUGCAUUGCUGAAGGAAAAGGCAAAGCCAGAUGACGUUCUUAAAGCAGCCUACCAUGCUCAUGUGCUUCUGCAUUUUCUACACUCAUCAAACAAAGGCUGGUCAUCUUCUGAGACUCCGCAAGAACCAAGUUACCCAUCCCUUGCCGUAUCAGCUGCCAACCUCGAGGAUCGCAUUGCCAAGUCUUGUGAGAUGGUGUUGGCCUCUUAUGGGCAUUUUAAGAGUAAAGCAGCAGAACAGGGGUGGGUGAUGUCUGAAUCACUUCUUAAUCCCGGUCGAGCUCGGUUGUGUUGAAAAAAUCGACAGGAUAAGAUUCAAAUACUUGGUUGACUUUUGUCCUCUUCCCACCUGUGGAAGGCAUUGAAGAUCUAUUCCAGAUCUUGAGCAUUUCCUACACAGAUCCCACUGUCAAAUAACAGCAAUCAUGUAUAUCGAGGAUACAAACAAGCUGUUAGCCCAAGGGGCUCUGUCUGCCAUGGCAAUUAUUGAUGGCUCCUAUCUAGCGGUCAAAAUCCAGACUAAAACAUGUCACUUAAGGGAGUCUCUGCUCAAUCAUGUGCAAGCGAACUGGCAAGAUGGAAUUAUUGAUGUCCCAAAAGUAGCUGUCCAUGGUACUUUUUCCUUGUAUUUGGGGUGACAUCACAGGGCAGGUUCUCUCUCUCUCUCUCUCUCUCUCUCUCAAGAAAAAUUUUGAAUGAGUCACUGGCUUGCUUCUAUUGUUUUUUUCUUUUGGUCUUUCAGUGGCAUUCCAAUGUUUCUCUUCCCGCUCCCAAAGUUGUAUCAUAAUCUUUUGGUUUUCUUGUCAUAUUUGUAAGUUUCGGUUGGCGUAUAUGUGGAUUUAUAUACCGAGCAUAUCUGAUCCUUUGCUUUAUAA